UGUCUGUUUACAUCUUACAUUUGUAUAUCAGAGUCCAUUUUAUGUUUUGAACCUCAAAAUUUAGAAUUAUAUAGUUAUUAUAAAUAUUUGCGUAUUUUUUCUAUUGGUUGAAAGAAAAUGCAACACGAAAAAUAUUGUUCUUCUCGGCAAAAAAAUAAUUCGUAUGAUAAUAUAUUAAAUAACCUACAUAAAAGGAUAGGAGCAGGAGAAUGCAAAUGUUACGAAAAUAACUUCCCCUGUAUAAUUGUCCAUGGAGGCGCAGGGAAUUUUAACGAUUCUAUAGAUACGGAAAAAAUGACAGGUUGUAAAAAAGCUGCAAUUAAUGGAUAUAAAAAAUUAAUAGACGGCGAGAGUUCCGUAAACGUUGUAGAGAGAACUUUAUGGUGGUUAGAAUGCGAUGAAUUUUUUAAUUGUAGUUACGGGUCUGUGUUGAAUGAAAUAGGAAAAGUGCAAAUGGAUGCAAGUAUUAUGGAUGGUUUAACUUUUAAAUGCGGAUCCGUAGCAGCAGUUUCAGAUAUAGAGCAUCCUAUAACACUCGCAAAAUACGUCUUAAACAACUUUCCAAAUUCCAUUUUCGUGGGCGAAGGCGCUAAGAAUUUAGCAAAAUAUGCGAAUUUAAAUUGGUUAUCAGACGGGAAUAUGGAAUCACCGAUGGCGCGUAUAGCUUAUUAUUUAGGAAAAGAAGAAUAUGAAGCAGAUGUCGAUGAUCUAAGUGUACUGGGUGUCGAUAUGUUAACGAAUAGUUUUGGUACUGUCGGGUGUGUAGCAUACGACGGUCAUAGUAUUGCUGCAGGAACCACGACAGGCGGUUUAAACAAAAAGUUAGUAGGAAGAGUAGGAGAUACUCCAUUGUUAGGUUGUGGUACAUACGCUACCAAGGAUAUAGGUUGCUCUGUAACAGGGCACGGAGAGUCUAUAAUGAAAUUAGGAUUAGCACGCGCGAUCACGGAAGAUGUUCAAGACAAUUUUACAGGGGAAGAAGCCUUAUACAAGCAUUUUUCUUGCAUGUUAAAUAAAUUUGAGAAAACUGGUGGUGGGGUAAUUCUUCAAUCGAACGGUCGUUGGGCAACGCAUUUUACUUCCGAUAAAAUGCCAUACGCGGUAAUUGAAAAUGAUGUAAUCACAUUUGGAACAAAAUUACACGAGGAAAGAAGAGAAUUGUAUGGCAAACAUACUACGAAAAAUUGCGAAUGCGAAUGUCUCGCUAUAAUUGUAUCUAUACUACGCUACCCUAAUCCUUUGACAUAACACAAAAAGAAUUGUUGAGUAUUUUACUUACAUAAAGUACUUUAUA